AUGUCGGGAAGAAAGGAAGUCGCAGCGCAGGAUAACGCGCCCAAAAAAAUAGACAUCGAUAAACCGUACUGGGAUCAGAGCACUUAUCGAGGAAGGGCAUUGCACUUUCUGACGGUGACGAAUCCGCUCAAUGUCUUCGCCACAGCCCAGCAGCUCGAGCACGCGCGUGAUGUCGUCGCGAAGUACAGGAAGGGCGAGACUCCGGAAAAACAAGGAAUCACUGAAAACAAAUUGUGGAAAUGUAAAUAUCUUUACGAUAGCGCUUUCCAUCCUGACACCGGCGAGAAGAUGUUGUUAAUUGGGCGUAUGAGUGCCCAAGUGCCCAUGAACAUGAUGAUAACCGGCUGUAUGAUGACGUUUUACAAGUCAACGCCAGCCGUGAUAUUCUGGCAAUGGAUCAAUCAGUCUUUUAACGCAAUAGUGAAUUACACAAACCGCAGCGGAUCGAGUCCGAUUCCAACAGAGACAUUGGCGCAGAGCUACGUUGGUGCAACCGGAGGCGCCGUGAUAACAGCGUUGACCCUGAAUCGUCUCGCUAAGCGCGGACCACCGCUGGCAGGUCGACUGGUGCCAUUAGCGGCGGUCGCAGCGGCUAAUUGUGUGAACAUCCCUCUCAUGAGGAUCACUGAACUCCAAAAAGGUAUUGAAUUACAAACCGAGGACGGCACGAAGGUCGGCCACAGUAAACGAGCAGCGAAACAGGCGAUCACGACGGUGACAUUAUCACGGAUACUUAUGGCCUCUCCGAGUAUGAUACUGGCGCCGAUAGUAAUGAAUUAUUUAGAUCGAAAGAAGCUGUUGCGUAAAGCGAAAUGGGCUGCCGGUCCAAUUCAAGUUUUGAUCUGCGGAGUGUGUCUCACUUUCGCGACCCCGCUCUGCUGCGCCCUUUUCGCACAACGCGUCCCCAUCUCGGUGAAUCAACUAGAACCCGGUGUACAAGCAAAAAUACAUUCGCACCAUUCCGGUCUGGAGACUGUGUAUUACAACAAGGGCCUUUAAACAAUGGGACUGGAUCCCGAUAUGAUGAUACUCAAAUAUUUUUCACGGUCUAUUCUUUGGAACUCAGGUAUAUGUCAGACAUUCCCAAACACAGCAUUCGAAAGCACAAAUGUGCCAUUAUUGUGAGUCGAAAGUUUUCGACAUUAGGUGAUUCGUUGUUGUUAGAUAAUUUAUACUUCCAUGAAUAAUCGAUGUUUAGCGUAAGAUGAAAGAUGAAAAUGUUCAAAGGAACUAUCAUACGGUUUAAAAACUAUUCUAGUUGUAUAAUACGUCCAAACAGAGAUGCAAACAUAUCUUCCCUUUUACUUCGGUCUACGCGUGUAUCGGCAUGUAUAUCUCUUCGGAUUUAAGACUGUUGAAUGAGAAAGGGAAACGAAGACAAUAAAAUCUAUGGUUGAAUGUU